UUGCGGAGAUUAAAUUCUGGAUUUCUUAGCAGACAGCGGAUAAUGGAGAUAUUGACAAAGUGCGACAGAUGACAGUCUAGUCAUAUGCUGGCAAAAGGAAACCUUUAUCUUAGAUGUUGGUUGAUAAAGAACUAGAAGAGAAGCAGUUGUCUCUGUCUUCAUUACAAUAAGUAUAAAUAUCAUAAUAGUAAGGUUGUAGCAAUGGCAGAAGCUCGAUCUGCAGUAACUGAGCCACGGGUGCAUGAAAUCGAAGAAGGAAAAGAUAACACAAGUGAAUUUUAUUUGGCAUUUCGUCAGUGGCGAAGAUCGCUCGUAAGAAGAUUCUACAGGACAAGGAAUUUAAUUCAGAAUGGUUUGUGGCCAACCAAGAUUUGGAAUCUAGGAGGUACAGUAAUCUUGUUAACUGGUAUGUGCCAUGUUGAUUCACAGAUAACCAAACCAAUAACAGAUGUUGUACAUUGGACAGAAAUACACCUUCACAUUCCCAAAGGUUUUCCAAAAGAUGUGAAAUCCUUCCUGGCAUCAACUGUUGUUGGAUUUGGCUUUUUCAUUGUAUUAUAUCAUGUUAGAAGAUAUGCUUUAAGACUGCUGCUCAGUUACAGGGGUUGGAUGUAUGAACCCCCAAAGUCUCAGUCAUACACAACGCUUAUGUGGGGUUUACUAGUUAAAGUUAUAUCAGGAUCCCACCCCACUCUCUACAGCUGUCAACAAAGUCUGCCUCGAAUGCCAGUACCACCUUUAAAAACUACUAUUAGAGAUCUUCUUCUCUCUCUUAAACCUUUAUAUGAAGAUAAACCAGAGGAAUUCAUUCAGUUGGAGAAAGAAGCUGAAGAGUUUCAGAAGACCAUUGGCCCCAAAUUACAACGAGUACUUGUUUUAAAAUCAUGGUGGGCUGCAAACUGGGUCAGUGAUUGGUGGGAGAAAUAUAUAUAUCUAAUGGGAAGAAGCCCAUUACCUAUCAACAGUAAUUAUUAUGUAAUGGAUCAGAGUUAUUGGAAACCAACAAAUAGACAAACUUCAAGAGCUGCAAGCUCCGUGUACCAGUUAAUGUUAGUGAAACAGAAAACAGAUAGAGAACAAGUAGAGGCCUUGACUAUAAGAAAUACUAUUCCAGUUUGUAUGGCUCAGUAUGAAAGAGUUUUCUCUACAACCAGAAUACCAGGUGAAGAUAUUGAUGAACUAGUACAUUACAGUUCUUCAGAAUCAAAGCAUAUAGUUGUACUACACAAAGGUGUUAUGUAUAAAGUAGAUGUAUUUGAUUGUCAUGGUAAGAUUAUACCACCACAGAUAUUAGAAAAACAAUUUAACUGGAUCGUAGUAAAUGCAUCAUUUCAACAAGAAGCUAUGUCUGAAAUGUGUAAAUCAAUACCAGCCUUGACUUGCCUUGAUAGAACAACUGCUGCCAGAGUCAGACAACAACAUUUUAAAGAAGGAAUUAACAAAGAAUCUCUUGAUAUUGUUGAAAGAUCCAUUAUAUUUAUAUCUUUAGAAACUACGUGUUAUGAAGAUAUGUCUGAGAGAGCAAAAUUUCUGCUUCAUGGAGAUGGAAAAAAUAUCUGGUUUGAAAAGUCCAUCAAUCUGUUAUUUUUCACUGAUGGACGAGUUGGUCUUAAUUGUGAACAUUCUUUUGCUGAUGCCCCUGUUGUUGCUCAUUUACAAGAAUUUUCCAUGCUAGGAGAAGUAACUGAUGUAUAUUUUACACCUGAUGGUUAUGUUAUACAUGCAGAUGUUCCGGGUAAAUUAAUUGUAACUAAACCAGAACGUUUAGUGUGGGAUGUACAAGAGGAUUUGGCAUCUUCUAUCAGAAGUGCUUUAGAUUUAGCAAAAAAGAAUAAUGCUGAUUUAGAAUUGUGUGUACGAGAUCAUAGUGCAUAUGGUAAAGGAUUUAUAAAACAAUGCAAGGUUAGCCCUGAUGCUUUUAUACAAAUGGCACUCCAGUUGACUUACUAUAAAAAUGCAGGAAAAUUUUGUUUAACUUACGAGGCAUCCAUGACAAGAUUAUAUUUACAAGGUAGAACAGAAACUGUGAGAACUUUGUCUACUGAUACUGUAGAAUUUGUCAGGGCCAUGUAUAACAAAUCUGUGAGUCGAGAAGGAAAGAUUGCACUAUUUCGAAAGGCUUGUGAAAAACAUCAACGAAAAUAUAAGGAUGCUAUGAAUGGAAAGGCUUUUGAUCGACAUCUAUUUGCUUUAUUUGUAGCUAGUAGGGGAUUGGGCUAUGAUUGUGAAUUUUUGAAGAAAGCAUUAAUGAUGCCAUGGACAUUAUCUACUAGUCAACAACCACAAACACAGAUCUCAUGGGCUCCAGAUUGUAGUUUACCUCAAUAUUCCAACAAGUUAUCACCAGGAGGAGGAUUUGGUCCUGUAUCAGAUAAUGGAUAUGGUGUCUCUUAUAUGUUACCAGGGAAUAAUAAAUUCUUCUUCCAUGUCUCAUCUAAAAAAUGCUGUAAUGGAACAAACGCAGCCCGCUUUAUGGACCAACUGUUUGAAUCACUUCAAGAGAUUAAAACUUUAUUUGAAGGAGAAGAAAUGGAACAAAAGAAAGAUAUGUAAUAAAUAUCUGAUAUUAUGAAUGCAUGUUUGAAUAUUUUUCUGAUAUUAGUGACAUGAAUUAUGUAUGAAUGUUCAUUUUUGAUUGAUAAAUAAAUAUAAUUCUUUUAAGGGCUUUUAGAGGUUGAAUGUUUUAUAAUAAGAACCCUGAGUUAUGGAUUCAAACUUGAUUGAAUUGGCAUUCUUUCUUUGUGGUUCUUACACCUUCAGGAGUACUAUCUACUUUGAAAUUUAGAAGUAAUGAAUAAUAAAGUCUGAAUCCACUACUAUAAAAUUGUUUAAUGUUUAACUAUGUUAUCAUAUUUACAUAUGUGCUCAUUACUACUUGUUAUAACUACAUGUAUGUGUUUUAAAUACAUUCCCACCCAGUGACAGUGUUACAUGUACAAUGCAAAGAAAUUUUAUACAGAAAGUAUUAUUGCUAGUUAUCUAGUCUAUAGUUAAAUUGAUUUUGUCUUAUACAAGACACCAUGCUUUUUAGUUUAUAUUGUGAUAUUGGACAAAAUAUGUUCAUAUUUUACCUCUUUAUUUAACAAUUUUAGUUGCCUUUUAUUUUCAGUUAGAAAUCAUCUACAGGAUUUUUAAUUUUAUUUAUUAUAUGUAGUGUACAUACAUAAUACAAUGAAUUUUUAAGAUUAAGUAGUUUGAAAUUUUUUUAAUGUUUUAUAUGGUAGUAAAAAAUGGUUUGUCAACAAGUGAAUAUGAUAAAACAUUGGCAAUGUGACUUUUGUAAUAAUAAUUUAAAGUCAUAACUAUCAUAUUGCCUUUAAUUUAUACUCUAUUGAGCAUUGCAUUUUGAUUCCUCACAGAGCUACGCAAUCAGAAAAUCUGUUUUCAGUUUUUUGAAACAAAUAUGUCUAUAUUCUAUAUCUUAAUUAAUCAUGUUUUCAGCAAAAGUAACAUUUUGAAAACAAUUCAGCUUGUUGAUGUGGACUGUGUGGUAUCCAAGUAAAGAACCCUCUCCUUACACUUCAAACAGUACUGUUCAUUAACUUGACCCUAACUCCAUUAUAAUAUGUGGCAUAAUAAAUCAUAUUUCCACGGGUAUGAAGAAAAAAAACCUGCAGGAAUUGCAAAAAUGACGAUUAUUAAAUCUAUCAGGCACUUUUGCAACCACCUAUCAAGGUCCCAAAACAUUCUUUUUGAUUGACUACUAUGCCAGACUACUGAGAUGUUAUUUUGAAAACAUGUUGUUUUUUUUUGAAUAAUCAAAAUCCUGUAUAAUAUGUUGUUUUUUAUGUAUUAGUAUUAAAAAUGAAAUUACAAAUUUUCAAA